GUGUAUCUGCAGAAUGUCAUUUAUGGAAACAAAUAGAUACAAUGUUUCAACCGCUGUAUGGAGUGAAUGUCCCAGAACUGUCAGAAAUAGACUAUUUCUGACAGUUCUGGGACAUUCCCUCCAUACAGCGGUUGAAACCGCUGUAUGGAGUGAAUGUCACAGAACUGUCAGAAAUAGACAGAAACUGUCACAGAACUGUCCUUCUUCUCAUCCUUCUCCUUCUUCUCAUCCUUCCUUCUCAUCCUUCUCCUUCUUUCUCAUCCUUCUCCUUCUUCUCAUCCUUCUCCUUCUCCUUCUU